UGUCCUGCCUCCGCCGUCUCCUCUUUCUCCGCCUGCAUCCCCCGGGGGGCAGAGUGUGGGAAGAACGAAUUUCCGCCGGGUUUGCUCGCUCCUUGCCGACGUGGGUCCCUUCCGGACGCAGCCUGCGCGGCCCCCAGGCUGCCCACUCCGACUGCGCUCCGAGUCCCCCCGGACCGCCGAACGAGCAGGCGCCGGAGACGCAGGCCUAUCGGCCGGUGCUCAGCAGCCAAGCCGCACCCCAGCAGCUCUUGGAAGGGAUCCCGCCUGCAGUGGGGGAAUCCGCUUGGCGGGGAGAAUCCGCGCCAGGGAAUCCAGCUCUCCGGAGUCCAGAGCAAACAAAAAGCACCAACUCUUGCUCGCUCCUCCCGCCCCCGACGCGCAUCCGAAGAAACAGUUUUCUGCAGAAAUGCAACAAGUAGCACCCGGGACUCGCCGAGCGCCCAGCGCCUCCUGAUUUGGCUCCCCUAAGCCCGCCUGCGGAGACCCGGGCCAGUUACCCGGACAAAGGGCGGAGGAAGGGUUGGACCGAGCAGCAGAGACGUCCCAAAGAGGCCUUUUAGCGACUCUGGCCCGGCUGAGGGGAAUGCAGAGGAGACACCGAUCUGGCCGGCCCAGAGGACCAUCCGGCCGCAGGGCGCUGGGCGGGCGGCGAUGGAGGGUGUCGGCGCCGUGCGCUUCUGGCUCAUGGUGUGCGGCUGCCUGGCGUUCCCGCCGCGGGCCGAGUCCGUGUGCCCCGAGCGCUGCGACUGCCAGCACCCCCAGCAUCUCCUGUGCACCAACAGGGGGCUCCGCGCGGUGCCCAAGACCAGUUCGCUGCCUAGUCCCCAGGACGUGCUCACCUAUAGCUUAGGCGGCAACUUCAUCACUAACAUCACGGCCUUCGACUUUCACCGCCUGGGGCAGCUCAAACGGCUGGACCUGCAGUACAACCAGAUUCGCUCCCUCCACCCCAAGACCUUCGAGAAGCUCUCGCGCCUGGAGGAGCUGUACCUGGGGAACAACCUCUUGCAGGCGUUCGCUCCUGGCACGUUGGCUCCGCUACGCAAGUUGCGAAUCCUUUACGCCAAUGGUAAUGAAAUUGGCCGCCUUAGCCGCGGCUCCUUCGAGGGCCUGGAGAGUCUAGUCAAGCUACGGCUGGACGGGAACGUGCUGGGAGCAUUGCCAGACGCAGUCUUCGCUCCUCUGGGCAACCUGCUCUAUCUACAUCUGGAGUCUAACCGGAUCCGCUUUUUGGGCAAGAAUGCCUUCACUCAGCUGGGCAAGCUUCGAUUCCUCAACCUCUCUGCCAACGAGCUGCAACCUUCCCUGCGCCAUGCGGCCACCUUCGUCCCGCUGCGCUCCCUCUCCACUCUCAUCCUCUCCUCCAACAACCUGCAGCACCUCGGCCCCCGCGUCUUCCAGCACCUGCCACGCCUUGGCCUGCUCUCCCUCAGUGGCAACCAGCUCACACAGCUUGCGCCAGAGGCCUUUUGGGGCCUGGAGGCCCUGCGCGAACUGCACCUGGAAGGCAACCGGCUGAGCCAGCUUCCCCUGGCACUGCUGGAGCCUCUGCACAGCUUGGAGGCCCUAGAUCUGAGUGGCAAUGAGCUGUCUGCUCUGCACCCCGCCACCUUUGGCCACCAGGCUCGGCUGCGUGAGCUCAGCCUGCGCGACAACGCUCUCAGAGCUCUUUCUGGAGACAUCUUCGCUGCCAGCCCGGCUCUCUACCGCCUAGAUCUAGACGGCAACGGUUGGACCUGCGAUUGCCGGUUGCGGGGUCUGAAGCGCUGGAUGGGCGACUGGCAUUCUCAGGGGCGCCUUCUUACCGUCUUCGUUCAGUGUCGCCACCCCCCGGCCUUGCGGGGCAAGUACUUGGAUUACCUGGAUGACCAACUUCUGCAGAAUGGGUCUUGCGUGGAUCCCUCACCUUCGCCUACAGCAGGCAGCAGGCAGUGGUCUCUAUCCACAGCUACGGGGGAGGGGAUGACGUCCCCUGCAGGGGGUCUCGCGCAGGAGCUGCCACCGCAGCCCCAGCCCCAGCAGCGGGGGAGACUUCUACCAGGAGUGGCCUGGGGCGGGGCUGCCAAAGAGCUCAUGGGCAACCGCAGCUCACUAAGGUUGAACCGGCGGGGUCCAGGCCUGCAGCGUCAGGGCCUCUCUACCGCUGCUGUUUCGGGCCCUGCCCCACAGUCCCUGGACCUGCAAGAGAAGCCUGAGCGAGGUCGUCCCACCCGUGCCAAUCUUGCCCAGGCUGAGCCCACCCCGACGGCGGAGCCCGCCUCAGGGACACCAUCUGCCAGAGACAGCUGGCAGCGCGCAGCAAAGCAGCGCCUAGCCUCGGAGCAGCAAGAGCGCGUAGUCGCGUCCGACGGUGGGGUCGGCUUGCCACCGCUGGUAUCCGACCCCUGUGACUUCAACAAGUUCAUUCUGUGCAACCUGACGGUGGAGGCGGUGAGCGCCAACAGCGCCUCGGUGCGCUGGGCGGUUCGCGAGCACCGCAGUCCCCGGCCGCAGGGCGGCGCACGCUUCCGCCUGCUCUUUGACCGCUUUGGCCAGCAGCCCAAGUUCCAGCGCUUCGUCUACCUGCCCGAGCGCAGCGACUCGGCCACGCUGCACGAGCUGCGCGGAGACACUCCUUACCUAGUGUGCGUGGAGGGCGUGCUCGGGGGCAGAGUUUGUCCCGUGGCCCCCAGGGACCACUGUGCCGGCUUGGUAACCCUGCCAGAGGCAGGAGGUCGAGGCGGCGUCGACUACCAGCUCCUGACCUUGGUCUUGCUGGCUGUCAACGCACUGCUGGUGCUCCUGGCUCUGGCGGCCUGGGGAUCACGGUGGCUGCGGAGAAAGCUGCGUGCCAGGAGGAAGGGAGGGGCCCCGGUCCACGUUCGCCACAUGUACUCCACCCGACGGCCACUGCGCUCUAUGGGCACUGGUGUGUCUGCGGACUUCUCGGGCUUCCAGUCGCACCGGCCCCGCACCACCGUGUGCGCACUCAGCGAGGCAGACCUCAUUGAGUUUCCCUGCGACCGCUUCAUGGACAGCACCAGCGGUGGGGCCGGUGGCAGCUUGAGGCGGGAGGACCACCUCUUGCAAAGAUUUGCUGACUAGGUUUAGUGCCUCCACGCGGAAACCAUCUCAAUGGCCUUGAGGAGCCUCUCUCCGUGACUCCAUGCCAUCUCAGAGGAAGACUUUCUUUUUUUAGACCUUUCUCCCUAUGUGCAUUUGCUGAAGCCAAGUGGCACAGAAAGUGAAUCCGACACCACCCUUCACAUCCCAAUAUUCACAAAGCAAAUGGAUGGGUGUUGGUUGUCAAACCCAAGAGCAGGGACAAGUGAACGCUGGGGUAAAGGUGGGAACCCUUGGCAUAUCUAGGGCAUGGCUCCUGUGGCAAUGCAGCAUAGUAGCCUGGCCGGCCUUGGGCUAGAAAGGGUGCUUUAUGCUCCUACUAUGACAAAGAGACUCUGGUUUGUACAUUUGUUUGCUCUGUAGUAGGGUUCUGCUCCCAGUUAAGAAAAGGGGGACUUGUCACCAUCACAAAGGGGUCCAGCAACCGCCCCCACCAAUCUGGUGGUCUUUGCCGAGAUGGGCAGGGUAAAUAGGUACCACACUCACCCAGGAACCCUUUUCUGUUGGCUGGUAGAGCACCCAGAAAGCCUUAGGUUUAAAACAACCAGAUGCUACCUUUUUCAACAAUAUGAAGAGCAUUUAACAAACAGACCAAUAAACUCAGACUCUUGGUUGAACUGGAUCCCUUCUACUGUUUAUCCUAUACAGGAUGCGACCUUUUGCUGACUUUUGGGUUACUGAGAUUGUUCUCAGGAGAAGGCUGCAUGCAAUACUUCUCCACCAGGCUUGCUCCUGUGGUUUUAAUUUUAUUUUUAAAAUCUGCAUAUGGAAAAGAAUUGAAUGCCAGAUUUGAUUUUAAAAAUGCACUAUGCAUGAAACUGAUGACUCCCUAGGGCACUCUGGCCUUCCAGGUCCCUUGCCACGAUUCUGAUAGCUUGUCUAGAUGGGAGCCAGUGAGACUUAUUUCUCACUGCAUUUCGUCAGCGUCCCGCCCUUCUUGACAGCACCUGGCUCUGAGUUGCACAGCUAGGCAAUGCACAUAAGGUAAUUGCCAGGCUGGGGACUGAGUGCAGUGGUGGUGUUUGCUUACGAGGCUCUAUGUCCAUCCCAAUACCACAAAACGAAGCAAUGGGUGAUGUGUGUUAGUGGGAUAUUUUCUGCCCACAUUAUGAUAGAAGAUAAGAAGAAAUUGUGGGAAACAAAUGUGAAAAAGAUACAGUAAUGAGUAUCUGUUUCUACUAAACCCAUGAUCAUGAGUACUUAACCCUCACUGUGAAAUAGUUAUAUAUUUUACAAAUUAAUUCCUUCAGUAGCCAGUGUUUUACUGUGUUAUUAAAUCUUAUCUUUCAGUAGUAGUUGCAAUGUUUUUCAUUUUUUUAUUUUAGGAUUAAUCUCCUAUAUUUGUUUAGUUGUGUUUUAACUGUUUGGGAUACUUUUCUUCCCUGAUAUUUAUGAAGUCUGUGUUUAUAUUAAAUGUAGUGGUUGGGUUCACAUUAAUAAUUCGUGUGUGGUCCAAGUACACUUACUAAGAGGGUGUACACUGUGGUUACAGCCAGUGUGGUUAUGGAUUUAUUAGCAGUGGGGUACUGUUCAGGUCAGCCAGUUCAAGGUGCUAUGGCUAACAGUGACUCCUCUGUUCCAGGCCUUGGGCCCCUGAGGGUCCCAAUGACUCAGGGAAUCCAUCACAGUUCAGGGCCCUUCAACCCACUCACUCUAUGUUUGGCCUACACGAGCCAUGCCUGCCUUGUCCCAGCAGCUGAGGCCCCAGGGGUCUAAAUGAGCUGGUCUUUGUUUAUGUCCGGAUGAGUAAAUGUCCAGACCACUUAAGCCACAGCUGCUCUUCUGGCAGUCUUAUCUGCAGGGCCCAAACUUAAUAAACCACAGGAAAUAGACUGUCAUUCUGUGUUUGUUGCCAGGCCUUGUUUUAGAUUCCGAGCGUAUGGUACGUGGGAGGUGGGAGGUGGCGUUGUUUGCUCUUGUUUUCAACCUGCAGGCUAUCUGGCACCUUCUGUAUAGCUCACAAUUUUUCAUGCACAGCAAGUUACAUCUCUUAGUUGUUUCUUUUAUGCAGUGUAAAACCGAGGCCCAUUGAAAGUCUGGGGAUUAAAAACAAAACAAAACAAAACAAAAUACUGAUUGGAUCUACCACCUGCCUUUUUCAACUGUAGAAUAUCCCCCAAAAUGGUUAAGGCCUGUAUUUAAAAUAGUUUCACUGAAAAGUCUUUCAGUGAGAAUUAAUAAAUGUUAUACACUGUUAUGUUCAAUUAUGUCAAUAAACCCACAUACUAAUGGA